UUCUGGUGCACUGGCUGCUCACAAUGUGGGGGUGCAUGGGUUACAUCUUUCCAGCCUCGUAUGCCUGGGGAAAUUUCAGCGUAUUUGCAGUGGGAAUCUGGGCCAUUGUGCAGCGAGAUUCCCUUGAUGCCAUCAUGAUGUUCCUGUCCGGCCUGCUGCUCACAGUCCUCACAGACAUCAUUCACAUCAGUGUCUUCUAUCCCGCAAAGAACUCUCUCACAGACUUGAGGCGUUUUGCUGCAGGCAUGGCCAUCCUCAGCCUCCUCCUCAAACCCGUGUCCUGCUAUUUUGUGUAUCAGAUGUACCGGGAGCGUGGAGGAGAGUACACAUUUAACAUAGGCCUUAUCCGUGCAGGUCAGGACCGUAGCAGCUAUGAGCAAAUCGAUCAUCAGGAUGCCUCGCCGCAGUGGCCUGACGCAAGCAAGUCACCCCAGCCGUCGUACUGAGGCCCUCGUCUGGACCUGCAAACAGCUGCUCCCUCGCCCAGUCCAGCCUUACCCUAUUCCCAUAUCUCUUCUGAUGGAGCAAGACCUGGUACUGGCCAAACAGGAGAGGAUGUGAUUUUACUUUCUCCUGCCUUCCUGAAGGUUAGGCAGAUGCGUUC